GAAAGCGACACAUUCUGAGGCUGCACACCGGGGGUUAGUUCAGCCAAAGCCUACUAUCGAGUUGUCACACCAAGAAGACUUUCGAUGUUAUUUUUGGUCCUAGUCCUGGAGAGGAGGGCGUAGGCCCCUAACGUCAUUACUGGAGAGUUGCAGAGUUGAGUCUGAGUCAAGACUUGGUAGAAGUUGAGAUUUCUUGGUCUAGGGCGCACUGACUUCCCCCCUCUAGCCUACUUCGUCGUAAACGAUGUCGACAUAGCUUUAUUUGUGUGAUUUAUUUAUUUGUAGGCUAUUUAAGGAAUUACCCAACAGAAGAUAUGGACUGGAAAUGGACCAUUGUGACUUUUUUUCUCAAGUUUUAUUUGACAUCUGGGACUCCGUAUGACUUGUUUCAGGGGUCAGCCUACACUGGAGUGGAAGACAGGCACAGAAAUAGGAAUUGGUGCGCGUACGUCGUGCACAAGAACGUGAGUUGCGCCGUCCGGGGGGGAGUGGAGAGCUUCGAGGAGCCCGUGGCUGCGCCCUGUCCCCCCUAUCAGCAGAACUGCGAUCAACAAGUGACGUACAGAACUCAAUUUCGGCCAAUGUACAAGAUCGCCUUCAAGAUAGUCACACGGUUGGAGUGGAAAUGCUGUCCUGGAUAUCAGGGUCAGGACUGCAAAGAUGUGAAACCAACUCUCAACCAUCAAACAGUACCACGAGGAUCCCAGCCCUUCUACUCUCCAAAUCCUGGACAUACCACCAGACAUGCACAAAGGCCAGAGCGGAGGGAGACGGGCCACCACGAGGCCAGGCACGGCCCAGGCCCCGACAAGGUGCGCCACCUGGAGGGGGAGGUGAAGCGCCUCUCGCAGGUGGUGGUCGACCUCCAGACGGCGCUGAGCGGCUUGACGGACAACCUGCGCACGGACAUCCAGGAGGACACCAACAAGAUGCUGGUGACCCUGCUCAACAACCUGCGGCCGCCGGGCAGCGUGGCGCCGGGGGCCGGCCGCGAGGAUGAGAACCCGGUGGGGCUGGACGGUCACCAGGCCACCAGGGGAGAGGGCGCCAUCGGAGACAGAGGCAUCGAGAACAUCAUCGCCCGGCUGGACGACAUGACCCACACCAUGCAGAGCAAAGACGACGCCUUGGAGGAGCUCCGUGGGCUGGUGACGAGCCAGGAGAGCCAGAUCCAGCUGCUCAUGGACGCCGCGCAGUCUCAGGCGCCACCGCCCGGCGUGCUGGAGGGCGGCGGCGGCGGCGACGUGUCGGUGCCCGAUCUGGCGAUCCUCCAGACCUACGUCGAAGGCAAGAUGGGGCAGAUGAGGAAGGAGGUGGAUCUGAACCUGGAGGAGCAGCUGGGAAGGCAGCAGAGCUCCUGCAACGACAAGAUCCAGAGCCUGCAGGCCAUCUGCGAGGAGGGCCAGGACCAGACUCUGAGCCGCCUCACCAGGCUGAUCGACUCAAAGGACGCCGAGCUGAGGAAGGAGAUCCACGCGCUGCGCUUCGACAUGGUGGCGGCGGACGGACCCGUGCGCCACCUGCGCCAGACCCUGCCCCCCAAACAGGAGCCGCACGGCACCGACCACAAAGAGCUGUGGAAGGAGAUCAGCCGUGUGGCCGAGGCCAACAUCAUCCUGAACGGGCGCAUGGACAACGAGCUGGCCUUCCUGUCCGAAUCGCGACCGGAGGAAGAGUACGGCCAAGUCAUCGAGGAGUUGGAGGCGCGCCUGAACAUAACGCAACGGAACGCAGAGACGCACUGCUUCUACAUCGAAGAGAAGCUGAGCCGUGCGAUGGAAGACCAAGCCAAUGAGCUCCGGCAGCUCCUGGACGAGCGUCUCAACACUAUGGAGGACCAGUUCACGGGCAUGUUGGUUGAGAUGAGCAACAGCUCCGGACUGUUUGGGGACGACGGCGUGGACGCUAACCGGGGGGAGACCAGCGGCAACAAGUCCCCCGCCAAAGGCCCGGUUGUGGCCUUCGGACGCCGCGGCUCUGACGACGUGGUCGGUGCUGGACGGUCAUCUCCUGCAACGGCCAGUCUGGAUCCCAUUUUGAAAGACUUGGGUCGCUGUAAGAAAGAGUUGGAAAUUCUCCACACCGACGUCGGCACAAAUUCGGAACAACUCCGGAACCUGGAGGAGAUCGUGGAGAGGGUGUCAGCGGGUCACCUGAAGAGUGUCAACACGAUGGACGGCUUCCAGAAGGGGUUGGUCAACAUCCAGAACAACGUGAUCGCCCUGGCCAGCAGUGUCAAAGGCGUGGGCGACUCGAUGAGAAUACACAACCACGAGCUCCACAGAAUCAACUCGACGUGCUGCCACGCAGGGCAGAGCGGCCUGGGCACCCCUACAGGGUCAGGUCCCGGGGCAGAAAGAGCCCAUUAUCAGCAGAUGGAAGGGCUCCGGAACAGGCUUGAUACACUCAAUAACCGCAUGUCAUUGGAACUGGGUCGUUGCAAAGACAACACCCAAACCGUGGCGCACACCAUUUCGACCGUCGACGGUCGUUUGACCAGACUGGAAAAGGUGUGCGAAAGGCAGGCCGUGGCUUCCAGUAACCCCAUCCAAAUCAGGGAUGGCAUUGAGAGGAAGAUUGCCAGUCUCCAGGGCUCUGUCCAGAGGACCAAUGCCACGGUUGGGUCCCACACUGGGGACAUCCAUUCUCUGCGGAACACCCUGCAGAGUGUGCAGGUACAGCUCUCUGCAUUGGCCAAGCACGUGCUAAAGGACGUGAAUGAAAAACAGCCAGGUGAGUCACAUGCAUGCAGAUAUAUACCUUAUCAGUCUAAAACUCACAUCGAUAAUAUAUAUUGGUUUGUACUGGAUGAGCUGUAUGGUGUUGAUGUUGUGGGGAUGGGGACCGGGGAGGCCGGACCCCCGGGCUUCCCGCGCAGGAUGACCGUGAGGAGGGGUGUGGAGGACGAGGCCCCCGUGCCCUUGCAGGGCUUCGCCGGAGCUCCAGGCCAUCUUCCAGUGAUGCCUGUGUCGCUCAAGUCUCACCUCAGUCCAGUUCCUGUUGCAGCAGAGAUCCCCUGGAACAGAGCUCCGACAGUCCAGUCCGCAGUACUGGCAGACCCCAGCUCUACGGUGGAGGCAGUCUCCUUCUCCGUGGGCCUCACUCAGCAGUACUCCCUCUAUGGAAGCACUGGCCCCAUCCGCUUCAACAAAGUGCUGGUCAAUGACGGUGGACACUACAGCACCAGCACAGGAAUGUUCACCGCACCGAUGGACGGGCGCUAUCUGGUGUCGGGCGUGCUGACGGCCGGGGCAGGGGAACCCCUGGUGGCGACGCUGUCCGUUAACAACCGCAGCGUCCAGAAGCUGCAGAGUGCUGUUCCCCCGCUACUGGGGACGAGGGAGGUUAGCGGUUGCGGCAGCUGCGGAGGCCCCGUGUCGUUCAGCCUCGUCCUGUCUCUGAAGAAGGGCCACCGUGUGGGCUUGAUGCAGACCGCCGGCAAGCUGGCCUCGUCCGACGACCUGGUGGCACGCUCCACGUAUAGCGGCGUCUUCCUCUACACGCCGCAGAGCAGGAGCUAACAGGGCGGCGUGGGGGAGGUAAAGACGACGGUGCCAUAAAACACAAAGGGACUGUUUUUUGUUUUGUUUUCCAGCCCAGGCAGACUGUGGGAUGAAGAGACGUAUUGAAUGCUUUAUCGACUGGUUUGCUGUCGGCCUACCAACUCUGAGCGAAGCCAAGUAGCCUACCUGACAUGGAAGUUCACAUUAGCCGCGUUUACAUGGACACAUCUGUUCCGCAUAGAUUUCUAUGCGGAACAGAAAAUGAUCAUGUAUACGCCUCAUUCGGAAUACAAUUAUCUGUUCGGCAUAGAUUCUAUGCCGAAUAGAAGAGGUGGUGUAGUCCGUUUUAAUCGCCAUGUAUACACUUAUUCCGAAUAGAUUGGGGUUUAAUUUAGAGCAGCUGCAGUAGUUCGCAAUUGGACCUUCGAGGAUUCCUUGUCACUAAAUUCCCGUAAAACCACUCUCUCCCACCAGUCUUGGCUGCGGACUCGCAUCCAAAUUCCUCUUGUUUGCGGCGGAGUUUAGGGUAAAUAUAAAGAUCUGACGAGAAAUUGACGUUGCUGCGCUGUCGUCCUCCUUAAUUGAAGGAGCAGGCAGAGAAAAGCUCUCUCCUGCUGUGCCUUCAUUAAAAUCAAAUUUAAAGGCACCCAGUGCAACUUUCGAGGCUUAAAAAUAAACAUUCAAUUUCUAGUCUUUUUUACACGUAGUAAGUUUCAAUAACUCCAUACCAUUACAUACCGACAUUUAAGCAGCAAAGAUGAGACGUCGUUGUGUGGUGAGAACUGAUACAAAAUCGAUAACAACAAUGCCGCCAUUUUCUUUAUCUUUUGUAACCUACAAUAAAUAAAGCAGGCUUCCAGUCAAUGGAAAAAUGGCUUCUCCCCACCGGCGAUUGUUGUUGUUUACGAUUUUCUAUCAGUUCUCACCACACAACGACGUCUCAUCUUUGCUCCUUGAAUGUCGAUAUGUAAUGGUAUGGAGUUAUUGAAACUUACUACGUGUAAAAAAGACUAGAAAUUGAAUGUUUAUUUUUCAUUGAAUGUUUACAUAAAGUUGCACUGGGUGCCUUUAAAAUCCCCGAUAGUGAUAAGACAUCCAUUAUGUCGCCGCCGGUCCAGAGAUGUGUCAGGUGUGCGCGAGAGACAUAACGGACACUUUUGUUACUGCCAUGUAUACAGUACAUUCGGAACACAUUUUAGGAACAGAUCUAUGCCGCAUAGAAAUCUAUGCGGAUCAGAUGUGCCAUGUAAACGCGGCUAUGGUUCUAGGUUGGGAUAAGGGUGCACACAUAUGUUUUCAAGUUGUUUUUCCCAAAGAAUCUUUUAUGAUAUCAAAAACGAGAAGCUUUUUUGUAGCUAAUAUAUUUCUGUAUUAUUCAAAAAUGUUGUACCUACUUUGUAACUUCAAAAUGAAUUAUGUAUAAACGUUUGUAAAUGAAAGCUGAUUAUGUUUUAUACAAAUGCACCAAGUCACUUAUUCAGCCAGUUAAUACUUUAAUCUAAAACAAGGCGAUAUAACAUCAUAUCACCCUUAUCAACUUAUCCUCCUUUUGUAAUCUUUUCUCAAACAUGAUUAAUGAUCAAUAAAAGUUACGUCGCACUGAAUGAAUUAAACAACCGAGCAGUCAAACUGGUCCAUAUUUAGAGAACACUAUCAGGGGCUGUAUUGAAGGUGGAAAAUCUUCAAUACGGUCACCCAUUUCUUGCCCUGAAAAGGCAGAAGCCGUUUAAGGUGACAUAAAAACUACUGUGAGUGUGAUCAGCCAUUACAAACCGUUUUGAAAAUCUGCCUCUUCUGACAUCAAACUGGGCGUGUCCACCUAGAUAUAUGAUGGAUAAAUGAGCAACGUUUGCUACAGUCCACUGGGUAGGCUGGUAGACUGAUCUAUCCAGCACACAUCUAGGUGGACACGACCACUUGUGAUGUCAGAAGACGCAGAUUUCAAAAUGGCAUGCAACGGCUAAUUGCAACUGGUGGUAUAUGUCACCUUUAAGUGAAUAUUGACCUUGAUGGCAGCCAUUUAACCUUUUCCAUCUUUGCCCGAGCCCGGAGGGAAAGAACUAUAAAAUAACAUGCCCGCACACUAAUUUGGUUAGAAACUUUAUUUUAACACAAACAUGACCACAAGCAAAUCUUAGUUAGCUUCAAGAGGGCCGAUAUUUAUAUCUUUUCACUCACAACUUUGCUCUGUAAACAUUUUUUUCAACACUUAUUUUAUUACAAAUCAAUACAGAAUAUACACUUCAGGUAUUUACAUUUGCCGGACGUAAUCAAAUAGCAGGAUCUACCUCCAAACAGAAAGAAGCAAUAAACUGUCUAAUCGAUUCCCACAAAAAGAUGACAUAUCAGAAAAGAAAUGCGAGAUAAAAAAACAAAAGGCAUCAAAGACAAGAGGCAAAUAUAGAUUUCAGCAUAUGGCAUUUUCCACAGCAGUUGUAAGAUCAAACAAUAUAUCAUACCAGGAGGAGACACGAUGCAUUGUGAACGUUCCACCCAAGAUGUAUCCCUUUCAUAGAAAGAAUGGAAUUGUUUUUUUCUCUAUUUUUAUCAGAUCAAUUUGACUUCACCAUACAUCAAAAACAAACGCACAAACAAAAAGAAUACCACUGUGACAAACAUGCAUCUGACGCUCCACAAACCAAAACCAUCCUG